CCAUUGGCCCACACGGCGUCGCCUCGCCGCUUCUUCGCCGACUCGGCGACCUCGCGCAUGGCGCGCGCCAAGCUGCGCCUGGGGCGCCUGCUGGGCCUGGCCGGGGUGCUGGGCCUCGCAGGGCUGAGGAGCGCGCCGAGGAGCUUCGCGCAGACCUCGGCGGCCUCGGUGGCGCGGGGGGCUGGCAGGGGCACCGAGUGGGGCCGCAGCGCCACGGAGGAGGAGCUGUCCAAAGAGGUGCCGACGCUGUACGUCUAUGACCACUGCCCCUUCUGCGUGCGCGCGCGGAUGAUCUUCGGGUUGAAGAGGAUGCCCUACAAGUUGGGCUUCCUGAUGAACGACGACGUGGUGACCCCUACCAAGAUGAUCGGCAAGAAGGUCCUGCCGAUCCUGGAGAUGGACGGAGAGGCCAUGGGCGAGUCCCUGGACAUUGUCGCCAAGAUCGACCAGUUGGGGACGCCCAUCCUUCAGGAGCCAGCGGACCGCACGGACAUCGACCAGUGGAUGAAGGAGAACAAGGAGCUGCUGCGCCGCCUCACGCGGCCGCGGGACGCCAGCGCCCUGUACCCCGAGUUCGCCACCCGCGCGGCGAGGGCGACCUGGGUGAAGAACCACCCGGUGGAGGAGGGCAUCGAGAAGGCUUUGGGCAGGUCUGAAGAGCUGCUGGCGGAGCUCAACGGGAAGCUCAAGGCUCUGGACAAGAUGAUCCACAGCGAGAUGUGUGUCAACGAGGGGGGCUUGAGCUAUGAUGAUAUCACCCUGUUCCCCACCCUGCGGCGGCUUACCAUCGUGAAGGGCCUGGAGUGGCCGAAGAAGCUCAGAAGCUACGUGGACUACAUGGCGGAUGUGUGCGAUAUCCCUUUGCUGGAUGGCAUGGCCAUGUAG